UAUCAGAGUACAAAAAAAUUUUAUUCGGUAAAUUAUGAACUUCAAUUCUUCAAAAUAUUUAUUGCAUUUAAAAAAUUGAGUUCUAAACAAAUUAAUCAACAAUAAAAACAUAAAACAACAAUCCGUUAAAAAUGGAUACUAAAGAUUCUCCAUCGGUGAAACUAGAAAAACAUUUAAAGCUUCUCAAAGAAGAAUACACUAAAUUACAACGCAACUAUGCCGAUUUGGAGAGAAAAUAUAGCAAAGUCGUUGCAUCGUCUGGCGAUGCUGCCGAAAUUGGAGAAUUUAGUAGUUUUGUGUCGCGUCUUGUUAUGAUGGUGGCUUCAUUGUAUGGCCGCAAAACAUAUUCAGAUCUAACAAUCAAAUUAAAAGGCAAAUCAAUGCCAGCACAUAAAUUUGUAUUGAAUGCAAGGUCAGAAGAUUGGCGCGAAGAAGUUCUGGCCGAUGCCACAGAACUCGAUUGGACUGAUUUAGAAGAAGACAUUGGUUUUGCGUUAUUGCGUUGGAUAUACACUGAUGUGGUUGAUCUGCAACAUGAUAGAUUGGCGUUGGGUUUAUUGCGUGCUGCACAUAAAUUCAAGCUUCCCGGAUUGUUGGGUCUGUGUGAAAAAGCUUUGGUGGCUUCGGUUGGUGUUCGGUCGUGUGUUCGUUUUUAUUGUGUGGCAGAAGAAGUGGGUGCUGCAAGUUUGUUGGAUUAUUGUUCGGGAUUAAUAUCGACACAUUGGGAUGACUUGACACCACAGGAUUUCGAGCAUAUGUCUGGACCUUUGUUGUAUCAAAUGUUGAAGAGUAAGACGAAGCAUCCUUUGCAUGCGGCAGUGCGAUUGUUGAGAGAAGAUGUUGUGUUCUUGUGUUUGGUUGAGAAUGAUGGAUCGCUCCCCGAACUUGUGAACAGUUUAUCCCUGCAAGGUCAAUUACCAUUGCAAAUGUCAUUACUUGCUCGUAAUUUAGCAAUAUCCGAACAAUUGGUAAAGAACGGAGGUGCAAAUAUUAAUGCAUAUGAUGCUGAAGGUUCGACACUCCUUAUAGAUGCUAUCAAACGUGCUGAUGAAUUUGCUGCAAACUUUCUGCUUGAUCGAAAUUGUGAAGUUAAUCUUCCACACAGAGUAACCUCGGAUACGGCAUUACAUCUUGUGUGCAACUAUUCAUCAAAAAAUGUUGAUUCCGAAACUUUUAACAAUAUGCUAGAAAUUGGUAAGAAAAUUUUAGAUCGUAAAGCUGAUGUAAAUCUUCAAAAUCAGCGCGGUCAAACACCUCUUCAUUCGGCUAUUAUGUCAGGACACACAGAAUUGGUAGAUUUAUUGCUAGAAAUUCCUGAGAUCGAUGUAAAUAUACGAACAAACAACGAUAUGUGUGCCUUGCUUUUGAGUUUGACUCCACCGCAAUUCGAGAGCGGACCAUUUGAAUUGGCCGAAAAACUGCUCAAGAAAGGAGCUAGACCAAAUCAAGUUAAAUCUGAUACACAUGAGAGCCUUUUGCAACAGUUGGCCUCACAAGGUCUUCAAGAUGCCGCUAUAUUUCUAUCUGAUCAUGCCAAUUUAAAUCACAUGAAUGGCCAAGGUCUUACCGCUCUUCAUAUUGCAAGUGAAAAAAAUUUGUCAAAAUUGGUCAGGAAGCUUCUAGACGCGGGGGCAUCACCCAAUUUGCAAUCUAGUAUUGCAGAACUAAAUUCAGCUCUGCAUCUAGCUGUCGAAGCUGACUGCCCUGAAGUUAUAACCGAAUUUGCCGAUUUCAAAGAACGUGGUGGAGAUGGUAAGGAAGCUCCGGACUUUAAUUCUAAAAAUGCUUCAGGUGACUCGCCCUUAAGCUUAAGUCUGUCAUUAAAUCGUACUGAACUGGUUCCCAUAUUGAUACGGGGAGGAGCCGAUGUAAAUGCUCGCAAUGGUCAGGAUAUGACAUUACUCCAUCAAGCAAUUCUAAAUCAUGAUUCAGAGACAGCAGUCUUCCUCCUUCAACAGGGAGCUGACAUGAAUGCUUUAACUGGAGAACAGGAGUCUCCUUUGCAAUUAGCUAUCCAUUGCCACUUGGCGGAAGUGGUAGACGCUCUUUGCACUCGUGGAGUAGCUCUCAGUGCUCCCGACAAUAAAGGAGAUCCACCACUGUGGACGGCUCUUGAACUAGAGUAUGAAGAUGUGGCUCAUGUACUUGUACGUCAUGGCGUAGACACUGAUUGCUGGGGACCAGGCCCUGAUGGAUGUCAACAAACCCUCUUGCAUCGCGCCAUCGAUGUGAACAAAGAAGCUGCAGCGAUUUUCCUUAUCAAAAGCGGUUGCGAUUUAGAUUCACCACGUCAACCAGGAAUGAACGGUGAAGGUGGUGAAGAGUCCAAAGAUAAAGCUUCUCCACUGCAUCUAUGCUGUCAGUGGGGUCUUACAAAAGUUCUACAAACUCUUAUCGAUCAUGGUGCCAAUGUGAACAUGCUCGAUUGGGAAAACAAGACCCCAUUACACAUUGCUAUUGAAAACCAACACAAUGACAUAAUAAUGAUCCUACUCUGUCAUCCGGGAAUCGAUUUAAAAAUUCGCGACAAGGCUGGUAAUACACCUUUCGCAGCGGCUUUAACUAUGCGAAUGAAUAAAGCUGCCCAAAAUAUUUUAGAGCGCCUACCAAAUGCCGCCGAACAAAUGGACCAAAGGGGAAAGAAUUUCCUUCAUACAGCAAUCAUUAAGGAUGAUUUGGAAAGUGUACUCUUUUUGUUAUCAAUUCAAGUUGAUGUUAACAGUCGUGUUCAAGACGUAAAUCAAACACCGCCGCUUCAUCUAGCUGCUGCAUCAACAAAUGAAAUGAUCAUCAGAAACCUAAUAUUGGCCGGAGCCAGGAUCAACGAUCGUGAUGCAACACAAAAAACAGCUCUACACAUUGCCGCUGAACGCGGAAAUUUACCAGCUGUAUCCGCCUUAAUUCAAAAUGGAGCAGAUUUUGAUUCAGCUGAUGGUGAUGGUAAUAAUGCAUUGCACAUUGCUGUUCGUGAGGGACAUUUGAAUGUAGUCCGAGAACUUCUCACUGAGUCCAGCAUUAAUGCAGAGGCUUUUAAUAUGAAAGGGCGAAAUCCAUUGCAUGAGCUCUGCCGCACUGGAAAAGAUAAUACUGCGGCCGCUAUAUGUGAACUUUUUAUCGAAUGCAUGCCAAAGUAUCCCAUUAAUGUACCCGACAUGGAUGGCAAUACUCCACUUUUGUUGGCCUUUAUGCGUGGUCAGGCACCACUGUGUAAGGUGUUGGUUAAAAAUCGUGCUUGCAUGGGAACUGAAAAUCGUGAUGGUGUUACCAUAUUUAAUUUCAAACUUGCUACGGAUCAAUUGUUGCACAAAUUGUUGGACCAACUUCCGCUUGAAUCACCAUGGUCUGAAUCAGAUUUGUGUCAAGAGUGUGGAACAAAGUUUUCACUAACAAUGCGUAAACAUCAUUGUCGUCAUUGCGGUAGGACUCUUUGUUCAAAGUGUUCCAACAAUGAUAUACCAAUUCUUAAGUUUGGUAUCAACAAGCCCGUCCGUGUUUGUAGUGUUUGCUUUGGCGUCUUACAAGUGGGCACAAAUGUUAUGCCAUGAGAUGAAGAGUGUGGUGCAUGGUCGCCACUUAACAACAACACAUCCCCAAUUUAAUUCAUUCCUUCAUAUUGUUUUUUUUUUUUUUAAUUCUUAUUAUUUUCAAAAUUUAAUUAAUACUUAUUUACGUUAUUUUUUAAUCUAUUUCAAAAUGUGCAGUGUUUUGUAAAUAUUUUAAUCUGUUCAUUAAUUUAAAAAUAUCGUGUUUUUUCUGUCGGUAAAUAUUUUCAAUUAAUUAUAUAUUUUUUUUAAUUUGUGUAAUAUGAAUGUCAUACAAAAUUUAUAAAGGUACACAAUAUACGCAAAGGUACCAAGAAAUAUGUAUGUUUGUCUUAAACUGAUUUAAUAUUUUAGCUCUUUUUUAAUAUAACUAAAUAUAU